GGAAUGCAUCAGUUCCUUUAACUUAUCUGUGCAAAAUCAACAACUCAACUGGAUGCGCACCACUGCACUCCAAAAGUUACAAUGCGCAUCUAUUUAUAGCAGCUCAGCGAUUGGUUUGAGUGACUUUUCCUCUUCUCCGCAGUUUUGCUUCCAAACGUUUAUUCAGCUGUACCUGCAAGUAAAAGUGAAGCAGUCUUCAGUCGGGUCCCAGGCGAAUCUCCUACUCGGGAGACAAGCUUUGACUCCAGACUGCAGAGGUCCGAGGGGGCUGGGAAACUUGUGAAGAGUUUUUAUUCUAUCGAGCACUGGCGUUGUACACUUAAGAGUGGAUAUGCCGGACAGCAAGCGUGGAGGGCGGCUGCUGCAGUUGGUCGUGGCUCUGUUGGCCUUGCUGUCGCUCUUUGCCGGGGUUGGAGCCGCUGCAGAGGUGGUGCACACCGAAGACAGCGAGCUGGUGACCAAGCAAACCGACUCCAGAGCCAACAGGGCGAAGAGGAGGGGAGGAACGGACGUCCUCAGAGGACCGAAUGUGUGCGGCACAAGGAACAAUGCAUACUGCUGCCCAGGGUGGAAGACUCUUACUGGAGGAAACCAGUGCAUUGUUCCAAUCUGCCGGAGUUCAUGUGGAGAUGGUUUCUGCUCCAGACCCAACAUGUGCACCUGCCCUAAUGGUCAAAUUUCCUCAUCCUGUGGAUCCAAGUCAGUCCAGCAUUGUAACAUUCGGUGUAUGAACGGGGGAACGUGUGCAGAGGACCACUGCUUGUGUCAGAAAGGCUACGUGGGAAACCAUUGUGGACAACCGGUUUGUGAAAAUGGCUGUCUCAAUGGAGGAAGGUGCGUGGCUCCAAACAGAUGUGUGUGCACAUAUGGCUUCACCGGGGCCCAGUGUGAGAGAGACUACCGCACUGGGCCGUGCUUCGCCUCGGUGAAUAACCAGAUGUGUCAAGGCCAGCUCACGGGCAUUGUAUGCACAAAAACUUUGUGCUGCGCCACAGUGGGACGGGCAUGGGGUCACCCCUGCGAGAUGUGCCCAGCUCAACCUCACCCCUGCCGAAGAGGGUUCAUACCAAACCACCGCACCGGGGCGUGCCAAGAUGUGGAUGAGUGCCAAGCCAUCCCUGGCAUCUGUCAAGGAGGAAACUGCAUCAACACUGUUGGAUCCUUUGAAUGUAAAUGCCCCGCUGGGCACAAGUUCAACGAGGUCUCACAGAAAUGUGAAGAUCUGGAUGAGUGCGCAAACAUUCCAGGUCUGUGCGGUUUGGGCGAAUGCUCUAAUACUGCUGGGAGCUACUUCUGCAAGUGUCCACAGGGAUAUCACAGCUCUGUUGAUGGAUCCGUGUGUGUUGAUGCGCGUGGAGGGUACUGCUACGCUAGCCUGCUGAACGGGCGCUGUGCCAACCAAAACUCGCAGCUGUUGACUAAAAUGCAGUGCUGCUGUGAUAGUGGACGCUGUUGGUCUGACGGUUCCACUCCUGAGAUGUGUCCCAUUCGUGGAACAGAGGAGUACCAGAGAUUGUGCAUCCAGAUUCCCGAUACUGGAGUGGUGAUACCUGGUCGCGUCCCAGGGACUCCAGACAUACCAGGCAUCUACCCAGUUCAUCCUGGUCAAACAGUUAAUGGCCAUAUACCUGGAGUGAUUCCUGGUCAAAUUCCCGUCCAAGUUCCAGUCCAAAUCCCCAUUCAAAGACCAGUUCAUCCAGGUCAACUACCCAUACAGCCUCCACCAGGUCCUGCUAUAAUCCAAACACAGAACAUCACCAACAUGUGUCAGGCCAUCCGCAACCUCUGCCUGAAUGGUCGGUGCAUCCCCAUGGCAGGCUCAGAAUAUCGCUGUGAGUGCAACAUGGGGUUCAGGUUGGAUGGAAGGGGCGAGUGCAUCGACGAUGAUGAAUGCGAGAGAAACCCAUGUGCACAUGGCGAAUGUGUGAACACUCAAGGGUCAUACUACUGUCAGUGUCCAGCUGGAUUCCAGUCAACUGCAACCAGGACAGAGUGCAGAGAUCUGGAUGAGUGUGUGGCUAACGGACGGAUCUGCAACAAUGGCCGCUGUGUGAACACUGAAGGCAGCUUUCACUGUGUCUGCAAUGCUGGAUUUGAAAUUUCAGCCGAUGGCAAAAAUUGUCAAGAUCAGGAUGAGUGUCUGAUCAGGAACAUGUGUCUCAAUGGUCUCUGUAUCAAUGAAGAUGGCAGCUUCAAAUGCAUCUGUAAACUUGGAUUCCUGCUUGACACCAGUGGACGCAUGUGUAUAGACAUUGAUGAGUGUGAGACUCCAGGCAUGUGUAUGAAUGGCCACUGCGUCAACACGGAGGGAUCCUUCCGCUGUGAGUGCAUGGCUGGGAUGGCAGUGGGCCUGGAUGGACGAGUCUGUGUUGACACACAUAUGCGCAGUUCGUGUUACGGUGGCUACAAGCGAGGCCAGUGCGUUAGGCCUUUAUUUGGAGCUGUGACCAAGUCAGAGUGCUGCUGUGCCAGCACAGAGUACGCCUACGGAGAACCCUGCCAGCCCUGCCCACCAGAAAACUCUGCCGAGUUCUUGGCUCUGUGUCCCAGUGGCAUCGGUAUAACUGGCGAUGGAAGAGAUAUUAAUGAAUGCGCUCUCGACCCUGACAUCUGCCAGAAUGGAGUGUGUGAGAACAUGCUGAGGACUUACAAAUGCACCUGCAAUGAAGGCUUCGAGGUAGACCUGACAGGCAAAACCUGUGUUGAUAUUAAUGAAUGCCUGAUGAACAGGCUGUUAUGUGACAACGGCCUGUGCAGGAACACGCCAGGGAGUUUCACCUGUCAGUGUCCCAAAGGAUUUCGCUUUGACCCUGAAACGGAUGUCUGUGAAGAUGUGAAUGAAUGUGAGUCGAGCCCCUGUAUCAAUGGAGAAUGUGUGAACAACCAGGGGUCCUUUGCAUGCUCGUGUUCAGUGGGCAGUACUUUGGACAAGAAUGGUCUGGAGUGUGUAGAGACAACUAAGAGCAACUGCUGGCUGAAGAUAGUCAAUAAUCGUUGUGAGGUCAACAUCAACGGCGCUACACUGAAGUCCCACUGCUGCGCCACACUGGGAGAAGCCUGGAACAGUCCAUGUGCGAAAUGUGAAAAAGAUCCAAUCUGUAAUAAAGGCUUUGCCAGAGUCAGAGGAAACGUCUGUGAGGAUGUUGAUGAGUGUCAAGUCUUUCCUGGCGUGUGCAUCAAUGGCAAGUGUGUCAACACACAAGGCUCAUUUUUCUGCCAGUGCCCUCCAGGAAUGACUGUUGAUGUCAGCGGGAGGACGUGCAUCGACCUGCGUACAGAGUACUGUUACCUUACUCAUGAUGAUGAGCGCUGCGGGACUGCCAUAUCAGGAAAGCACCGUGUGGAUGCCUGCUGCUGCUCAGUUGGCGUUGCCUGGGGCCCUGAAUGUGACGAAUGCCCAGAAAAAGGUACUCCAGAAUAUGCCCAGCUCUGCCCACGGGGCCCAGGCUUCUCCCACAGAGGCGACUUCAUCAAUGGCAGACCUUUCCUCAAAGAUAUAAAUGAAUGCAGGAUGAUAAACACCCUAUGCUCUAAUGGGAGGUGCAGGAACACCAUUGGCAGCUUCCGUUGUCGCUGUGAUAACGGCUAUGCUCUGGACUCUGAUGAGAGGAAUUGCACUGAUAUUGAUGAGUGCCGAAUCUCUCCGGACCUUUGUGGACAGGGCAGGUGCAUCAAUACACCAGGAGAUUUUGAGUGUGAGUGCUUUGAAGGGUACGAGAGCGGCUUCAUGAUGAUGAAAAACUGCAUGGACAUCGACGAGUGUGAGAGGAACCCUCUGCUGUGCCGUGGAGGUGAAUGUGUAAACACAGAGGGCAGCUUCCAGUGUGUGUGCCCGGAGGGACACGAGAUCGCCCAAGAUGGGUCGGCCUGUCUGGAUAUCAAUGAGUGUGAGUUGAGUGACAGGCUGUGCAGGAAUGGCCAGUGUGUGAACAUGAUAGGCCGCUACCAGUGUACCUGCAACACAGGAUACAAAUCCACUGAGGACAGACUGGACUGUGUUGACAUUGAUGAGUGUACGAUUGAGAAUGGCGGCUGUGAGACCUUCUGCACCAACUCAGAGGGCAGCUACGAGUGCAGCUGCCACAGCGGCUACGCAUUGAUGCCUGAUCUGAGAACCUGCACUGAUAUUGAUGAGUGCGAAGAGAAUGCUGACAGCUGUGACGGAGGCCAGUGUACCAACAUCCCAGGGACCUACCAGUGUCUGUGCUUUGACGGCUUCAUGUCAUCUGAAGAUAUGAAGACCUGCCUGGAUGUGGAUGAGUGUGAGCUGAACCCUAACAUCUGUCUGAGCGGGAACUGUGAGAACACAAAGGGAUCCUUCAUCUGUCACUGUGACUUGGGAUACUCUGUACGUAAGGGAACCACAGGCUGCACAGAUAUCAAUGAGUGUGAGAUUGGAGCCCAUAACUGUGACAGACAUGCGACCUGCACCAACACAGCAGGAAGCUUCAAAUGCAGCUGUGCACCAGGAUGGGUUGGCAACGGCAUCAAAUGCACAGACCUGGAUGAGUGCUCAAAUGGGACACACAUGUGCAGCAACAACGCCGAUUGUCUCAACACAAUGGGCUCAUAUCGUUGUGUGUGUAAGGAUGGAUUCUCUGGAGAUGGAUUCUACUGCUCAGACAGUGAUGAGUGUGCAGAGAACCGCAACCUGUGUGACAACGGCCAUUGUCUGAAUUUGCCCGGAGGCUUCCGCUGUGAGUGUCACAUGGGCUUCAUCACUACGCUCGACGGCAAGGCCUGUGAGGAUAUCGACGAAUGCACUUUUUCAGACAUCUGUGUGAACGGACGUUGCCAUAAUAUUCCAGGAAAUUUUAGAUGUGAUUGUAACCCUGGUUAUGAACUAGACAGAAGUAAAGGAAACUGCACAGAUAUCAAUGAAUGUGCAGACCCGACCAUCUGUAUUAAUGGGAUGUGUGUUAAUAUUCCUGGAAACUACCACUGUAACUGCCCGCCAGACUUUGAACUCAACCCCACUCGGGUGGGCUGUGUAGACAUUCGCUCUGGAAGCUGCUACCUGAAUGUUCGUCCACGGGGAGACGCAUCAGAAAAUUUGGUCUGCUCCAAUGAGAUUGGAGUUGGGGUUUCCAAGGCCUCCUGUUGCUGCUCUUUGGGCAUAGGCUGGGGACAACCAUGUGAAUUCUGCCCCCCUGUCAACUCAACUGAGUACAAAACGUUGUGUCCUGGAGGAGAAGGCUUCAGACCAAACCCUGUAACUGUCAUCUUGGAAGACAUUAACGAGUGUCAAGAGCUGCCAGGCUUGUGCCAGGGAGGACAGUGUAUCAACACCUUUGGGAGUUUCCAGUGUGAAUGUCCGAAAGGUUUUGCCCUCAACCUAGACACCAGAGUCUGUGAAGAUAUUAAUGAGUGUGAACAACCAGGAAUCUGUGGCCCAGGUCAGUGCUACAACACCAUCGGGAGCUACACAUGUAUCUGUCCCACUGACUACAUGCCGGUUAAUGGAGGGAACAACUGCAUGGAUAUGAGGAAAAGCUACUGCUACCGGAACUUUUACUCAGACAAUCGGACAUGUGAUGGGGAGCUAACCUUCAACAUGACCAAAAAGAUGUGUUGCUGUUCCUACAACAUUGGUCGUGCAUGGAAUAAACCUUGUGAACAGUGUCCUGUUCCUAGCACAGAUGAGUUUGCAAUCCUGUGCGGCAGUGAAAGACCAGGAUAUUAUAUCGACAUCACCACAGGACGGGUUAUUGAUAUUGAUGAGUGCAGGGAAAUCCCAGGAGUGUGUGAGAAUGGAUUGUGCAUCAACAUGAUUGGCAGCUUCAGGUGCGAGUGCCCAAUUGGCUUCAUUUACAAUGACAAACUGCUGAUUUGUGAAGAUAUUGACGAGUGUCAGAAUGGACCGGUGUGCCAGCAGAAUGCAGACUGUCUGAACAUGCCUGGAAGUUACCGCUGCGACUGUAAACCUGGAUAUCGCUUCACCUCCACUGGACAAUGUCUUGAUCGUAAUGAGUGUGUCGAGACCCCUGGUGUGUGCAACCCUGGUCAGUGCAUUGACACACUGGGGAGCUAUCGCUGCAUCUGUCCCAAUGGUUACAAAACAACCCAGGACUUGUCAAUGUGUGUUGACGUGGACGAGUGUGAGAGACAACCCUGUGGUAAUGGGACUUGUAAGAACACAGUGGGCUCCUACAACUGUCUGUGCUACCCUGGCUUUCAGAACUCACACAAUGGCGACUGCAUAGAUGUCGAUGAGUGUUCGACUCAGAGGGGCUUGUGUCGGAAUGGGCAGUGUUUGAACUCAGUGGGCAGCUUCAUCUGUAUAUGCAAUGAUGGCUAUGAGCUGACAUUAGAUGGCAGACUGUGUGUCGAUAUAAAUGAAUGUGCAGUGAAUCCAAGCACAUGUGGCCCAGGAACGUGUAUGAACAUGGAUGGCGCUUACAGGUGUAUUUGCCCUGCUGGCUACUAUCUCCAUGAAGAAACCUGUGAAGAUAUUGAUGAGUGCUCCCAGUCGCCUGAGAUGUGUAAACUUGGAACCUGCUCCAACACUGAAGGAAGCUUCACCUGCUUGUGCCCUGAAGGCUUCAAGCUUUCAUCCUCUGGACGCAGCUGUAUAGAUCUCCGAGUGGACUACUGCUAUACCAAGUUUGAAAAUGGUGUCUGCCUAGCUCCAAAGUCUCAGAACACAACCAAGCAAGUGUGCUGUUGUACUGGGAUGCCUGGUCAAGGCUGGGGAAACCCCUGUGAUAUCUGCCCAAAUAAAGGAGACGAGGCGUAUAAGACUCUCUGUCCUAAUGCGGGAUAUGAACUGGGGCCAGAUGGUGAUCAUAAUGUUGAUGUGGAUGAAUGCCUCAAUGAUCCUUGCGUUAAUGGCCAGUGCAUCAACACGGACGGCUCUUUCCGUUGUGAAUGUCCUCUGGGUUAUCGCCUGGAUGAAAGUGGGGUCACGUGUGUAGACACAGAUGAGUGUGACAUUGGUAAUCCAUGUGGCAACGGCACAUGCACUAAUGUCAUCGGCGGGUAUGAGUGUGCAUGUGAUGAGGGCUUUGAGCCUGGACCAAUGAUGACCUGUGAAGACAUCAACGAGUGCGCCCAAAAUCCCCUACUGUGUGCUUUCCGCUGUGUUAAUGUGGUGGGAUCAUACGAGUGCAAAUGUCCCACAGGCUAUGUGCUGCGCGAGGACAAUAGGAUGUGCAAAGACCAAGAUGAGUGUGAAGAUGGUACACAUGACUGUGACAGUAAGGGCAUGCGAUGCAAGAACCUGAUCGGGACAUACAUGUGCAUCUGUGAGCCUGGAUACACGCGCCAGCCCAAUGGAGAGGGUUGCAUGGACUUGAAUGAAUGUUCAGCCAAACCAGGAAUCUGCAAGAAUGGCCGCUGUGAGAACACAGUCGGAAGCUAUCGCUGCAGAUGUGACCAAGGAUUCAUUGCUAACCCCACGCAGACAGAAUGUAUUGAUAACCGGGAGGGUCUCUGUUUCACUGAGGUUCUGACCACUCUGUGUCAGAUGACUUCUAGUAACAGGAACUUGGUCACCAAGUCAGAGUGUUGCUGUGAUGGAGGCAGGGGCUGGGGCAACAACUGUGAACUCUGCCCCCUCCCAGGCACCACCCAGUACAAGAAGAUGUGUCCAUCCGGACCUGGGUUCACCACUGAUGGCAGAGACAUUGAUGAGUGUCGUGUCAUGGGAAACCUUUGCAAGAAUGGUCAGUGCAUCAACACCGCCGGCUCCUAUAGAUGUGUCUGCAAAACCGGCUAUACCACUGACAUCACAGGCACGCUGUGUGUGGAUGUGGAUGAGUGCUCACAGGCACCAAAGCCUUGUAACUUCAUCUGUAAGAACACAGAGGGAAGCUACCUCUGUUCCUGCCCCCGAGGAUACAUCCUGCAGGAAGAUGGAAAGAGCUGCAGAGAUCUGGAUGAGUGUUCAACAAAACAGCACAACUGUCAGUUUUUAUGUGUUAACACCAUCGGUGGCUUCAACUGCAAAUGUCCAGCUGGCUUUACCCAGCAUCACACUGCCUGCAUCGACAACAAUGAAUGUGCAACGGAACCCAGUCUGUGUGGCUCCAAUGGAGUCUGCCAGAACACUCCAGGGAGCUUUAAUUGCGAUUGUCAGCGGGGUUUCUCAUUAGAUCCCAAUGGACAAAGUUGUGAAGAUAUGGACGAGUGCGAUGGAAACCAUAGGUGUCAGCAUGGAUGUCAGAACUUGGUGGGUGGCUACAGGUGCAGCUGUCCUCAAGGAUACCUGCAGCACUACCAGUGGAACCAGUGUGUUGAUGAGAAUGAGUGUCUGAACAGCCAGAUCUGUGGGGGAGCAUCAUGCCACAACACCCUGGGGAGUUUCCGCUGCCUCUGCCCCACUGGCUUCAACUAUGAGCAGACCACCGGAGGUUGCAUGGACAUCAAUGAGUGCUCCACCAGCCAGAACCCCUGCAAGUUCGGCUGCUCAAACACAGACGGAGGCUACCUCUGUGGAUGUCCACCUGGAUACUUCCGUGCAGGACAGGGGCACUGUGUCUCAGGUUUAGGCUUCACAAGCAGCACACAGGAAGGUGAAGUGGAUGACAAUUCACUCUCACCCGAAGCCUGCUAUGAAUGUAAAAUCAAUGGUUAUCCCAAGAAGGGACGCAAGCGUCGCAGCACCAACUCAACGCAGGAGGAACCUCUGGAGGACAUGCAGCUGACUGAAGAGGACCUGGUCAGCUUGGCAAGUGUGGACAUCGAAGACACUCUCCAGUUCCACUUGAACAUCAGUGAUCUCAAUAACCGCGACCACAUCCUUGAGUUUACCCCGGCCUUAUCCACGCUCAGCGACCAUGUGCGCUACAGCAUCGACUACGGAAAUGAGGAAGGCUACUUCAAAAUAAACCAGAGGGGGGGUGUCAGCUACCUGCAUUUGAGUAAGAAGAAAGCCCUCCUUCCAGGGGCAUACUACCUUCAGAUCAGCAGCAUGCCCCUCUACAGAAAGAAAGAGCUGGCAGAGCUGGAGGAUCAGCAUGAUAAAGACUACCUCACGGGACAGCUGGGAGACAUACUGAAGAUGAGAGUGCAGCUCAUCCUCCAUUAACCAUCACAAGACUGAGAGAGGCAGAUGUUGCCAGCAACUGCUAGUCCAGCGUCAGGUUCACACUUUUCAGAAGGCCAAACAUUUCUGACUCUGGGUCAGUAGUUCGGAGCAACUUCUACUUUCUAUGUAAGGGAGAGAAGGGCUCGCCACCAAAGAGACAAGAGUGGGGUUGGGGGGGGGACUGCAUCAUUUGAUUACCAAAGAUAAUUCUACAUAUCAUAGAUACAAGUUCUGUGGAAAAUACCAGCAGAGUGAGGCGAUGUUUGAAUCAAAUGAAACACAUGUUGCCUUCACACACAACUCCAGCUGUGUGUAAAACACUAUUGAGAGUGUGAAUAGGUUUUUAAUUUAGAGUUUAAUGUUGUAUGAUGGUAUGUGGAAUCAGGUGCCUCCUUGAUGGGCAUGUGUGCUGCAGAAAGCUCUAAAGGCUGAGUUUGUUUAGAACUCAACUUCAGUGGAAGAAAAUAAGGUUGAGUCACAAUAGUCUGAAAUAUUCAUUUCCUCCCCUCCAGUAAAUGACUGAAUAAACCUGAACACAAGGAAAUGAUCACAUUUCCUCCUUUGCCAGAGGCUAAUCCAGUGGAGUGAAGAUUACAAAGAUUGAAAAUGGUUAGGAGAGGAAAGGAACCCACUAUGGACUAUUGAGAUGUAGCCAUGUCUGAGCUUGAAUGACUCCUACUGCAUAUUUUAACUAGGCUUUUCCAUCUUUUCUACUGAUAGAAUAAUUCAUAUCUACUGGUGCUAGCAACACAUUCACAUAGACUUCUGAAUGCACUGCACUACUAUACAAAACUCGGUAGUCAACGAGAUACAAUCCCAUCGGUCAUUCUGAAGAUUUCAUGUCCUUGCAGCUGCAACAGCUAGCGUCAAAGCCUGUCUGCUCUCUAUACUACAUGUAAAUUGUGUUUAUACUGUAAUAAUCAAUGCCACUUUUAAUCUAUGAAGCAUUUGUAAACUAGAGGAAGCCCCUGGAAUAGAGGGGGUUUGUAAUGGUGCUUAUAAUGACCAACUACUUUCUUUGUAAACUGUGUAUACAUACACACAUUUGAUGAUGCCAAACCUGGGCCUUCAUGAUUAUGCACUGAGGUCUUCAUGGCCACACAUUCUCUCACAAGUAAAAUCAGUGCUGCAUUUCCACGACCAGCCUGACACCAGUCUGAGUUCUGUUCACAUCAGUGAGGGUUUAGUUGUAAAUUCACAAUAAAAACAUUUUUUUUUGGUGUACAUGUACUCGCUGCUUUACUUUCCCCUUCAUUCAGGUUGAAAUAACAAAGUUGAAAGGGCAGCUGCUGGCCUCAUUAUUCCUCCUCUGCAGACAUGUAUGACUAAAUAGCAAAUGCAAUGUGAUUUCUGUAUGUUUUGGCUAGUGAAACUCAGAUUACACUAAAUAGUCUGUUCUGAAACCGUUUCUUGUACAGCUCCUUUCAAAUGCUGAACCUACCCCAUGUUUAAGAAUCACUGUAUGUUCUUUUAACGUUUUCAGGGUGUAGGCUGAAAUUAAAUUGUCCUAUACUGCCCCCAAGUGGUGAUUUGAAAAAAAAAAUCUGACCUCAAAGUGUUAGGAAAAGGUGGAGAUCAAUGCCCGUUGAAAUAUUACACUCAAAGGUAGAAAAGACUUUUAAACUUUAUUAGAAACAUUCCAAACAUCUUAAAACAUAAAACAUUUUUCUUCUGCAACACUAUCUGGAGCUUUCAGUUGCGACCAGUUGACCCAAAUCCUCCAGCACCACGCUCCGUUUCAUCCAGUGUCUGAAAGAACAGAAUAAAUGAUUAACAUAUAGAUGACAAAUAGGGUGCACAGGUAAAUUAAACUACUUUGAGGAUUAAUGACAUUGCUUAAAUAAGCAAUUAUGGGUUUAACAGCACUAAUUUCAAUGUGCAUUGUUUUGCAACACUUGACUCAGAAAUUGAUGACAAAUACUGCAGUUAAUUUAUUAUUUCAUUGAACUUUCAAUGAAAUUCAGAUUAUCGUACAUAUGUGACCUCAAAUGAGGGCUAAUUUGACACUUGUCUUGCAUCUUAUCUCUAGAAUUUGCUCCAGAAAUGUGCAUAUUUAAUGUCAGGGUGCCAUCAAAACAAGUCAAAGGCACAGAAUUAUAUGGCCAGAAACUUAUGUACCAUUGCUUUAAGUUUGUGUGUAAACCUUAGCAACC